CCAAGAUCCUGUUUUUGCUACCAAUCCUCUCUAGGCAAUUUUCCAUUCCUCUUGCAAAUUGAAAUUAAGCAACAAAAAUGGGCGCUCUUGUGAAGCUUAUUGAUGCUUUGCUCUUCGUCUUGCUCCUUGCGAUCGCUUUCAAAAUCCCUUUGAUUAAAGGGCAAGCAUGUCUCCCAAUCACCAUCUACCCGGAUUUUCUCGUCGAACUCCGGAGCUGGUAUGCCGGAGAGGUUGGUGACUACCUCAUGACGGAGACGCCGGAUUUCUACGUUGGGAUCAUGUGGGUUGAGCUUCUUUUACAAUGGCCUCUGGUGCUUGUGAAUCUUUAUGGCAUUGUGGCUGGGACGCACUGGUUCAACACUACGUGCUUGAGUUAUGGCAUUUCUCUAUUCACCGGCAUGGUUCCUAUAUUUGUAGAACUCACAGGAUCAGGAAGGGCACCGGAAAAGUUAUUGACGGUGUACUAUACGUUCUUAAGUUUGGGUGUUCUUGCCAUACUUCGUGGAUUGCUUCCCAACUCAUCAGCAACCAAGUUCUCUUCUGCAACCAUUGGCAAGAGACCAGCCUCGGGUAGGAAGAAGAGAGUUUAACCAUUACCUUGCG